GCCGCCCCGCCGGCCGCCCCGCCGCACGGCGCAAGAUGGCGGGCUGGGCGCUGGGCUGGGUGCUGGGCUGGGCGCUGCCGGCCUGGGCGCUGCUGGGCUGGGCCCGCCUGCCGCCGGCGCGGGGGCAGGCGGCGGAAGGCUCGGCGGCAGCCCCGCCGCACCGCCGCUUUGAGUACAAGUACAGCUUCAAGGGGCCGCACCUGGUGCAGGCGGACGGGACGGUGCCGUUCUGGGUGCACACGGGUAAUGCCAUACCAAGUGCAGAUCAGAUUCGUAUAACAACAUCUUUGAAAAGCCAAAGAGGAUCAGUGUGGACAAAAAACAAGUCGAUAUUUGAAUACUGGGAAGUCGAAGUGACCUUCCGAGUCACGGGGAGAGGCCGCAUCGGCGCCGAUGGACUGGCAAUCUGGUUUACAGAAGAGCAAGGCUUGGAAGGUCCUGUGUUCGGGGCAGCUGACAAGUGGAACGGUGUUGGAAUUUUCUUUGAUUCCUUUGACAAUGAUGGAAAGAAAAACAAUCCUGGAGUGAUUGUUGUAAGCAACAAUGGAAGACUUCUGUACGACCAUCAGAAUGAUGGCUCCACGCAGGCACUGGCCUCAUGCCAGAGGGACUUCCGUAACAAGCCCUACCCUGUGCGGGUGAAGGUCACGUACUACCAGAAGAAACUGACUGUAUUAAUUAAUAAUGGCUUUACUCCAGAUAAAGAAGACUAUGAAUUUUGUGCAAAAGUGGAAGAUAUGGUGUUGCCAUCACAAGGAUAUUUUGGAAUAUCUGCAGCUACAGGGGGACUUGCAGAUGAUCAUGAUGUCCUGUCUUUUCUGACCUUCCAGCUGACUGAGCCUGGGAAGGAAGCACCAACACCAGAUGCAGAAAUUCCUCAAAAAGAUAAAGAGAAGUAUCAAGAAGAGUUUGAACACUUUCAACAAGAACUGGAUAAAAAGAAAGAAGAAUUUCAAAAGGAACAUCCUGAUGUGCAAGGACAGCCAGCCGAUGAUCUUUUUGAAACUGUGAGUGAUCGUGAACUGAGGCAAAUCUUUGAGGGGCAGAAUCGAAUCCAUCUGGAAAUCAAACAGCUUAACAGGCAGUUGGACAUGGUUCUGGAUGAGCAGAGGAAAUAUGUCUCUGCAGUCACAGAUGAGAUUGCUAAAAGAGGAGCUGGCUUUCCAGGUCAACAAGGACAGGUUUCCCACCAGGAGACUGAGACACUUGUGAAAACUCAGGAAGAGGUCAUUAGACAAAUAAAUGAAAUAAGAAAUUCCAUGGCUGAUACUCUGAGGUUGGUCAGUGGAGCUCAACAUCCUGGCUCUACUGGAGGAGUCUAUGAAACAACUCAGCACUUCAAUGACAUCAAAGAACACCUUCAUGUAGUAAAGAGGGACAUUGAGCAUUUAGUACAACGAAAUACGGCAUCUAGUGAGAAAUCAAAGUGCCCAGAUUUGCCACCGUUUCCAUCGUGCUUAUCUACAGUGCACUUCUUCAUAUUUGUAGCAGUUCAAACAGUAUUAUUCAUUGGUUAUAUCAUGUACAAGAGUCAACAAGAAGCAGCAGCCAAAAAGUUCUUUUGAUGACCUGUUCCUUUGUGUGUACAUAACAGCUGUAUGUACGCGCAGAAAAUUCCACACUUGUGUAAAUGAGGGAAAUUUUAGUGUUUGAUAUACUUCAAUAUUGUAAAUUAUUGAAUAUUGUUAAACUAAAUUACUUUUUUCAUUUAAACUGUUAAUGCUAAAGUUAAAAACAGACUGGGGAGCAGAAGAGCAAAUGGUAGCUAGGGGAAGACUGCAGACCCCAUCCAGGUCUGUGUUUUCAGCAACCUUCUCAUAAAUACUGGAAGGCAAAUUCCAUAUACUUCUUUUGUUAAGACUCCAGAGGAGGGGAUUCAAAUAGCCAGGUUUGAUGGUUGUUCAUCAUAAGAACUGUAGAUAAAUGAUUUCUGCAGAAAGCUGGACAUAACCUGAAGCUGCAGCAGGGGAGGGUCAGAUUGGUUACUAGGAACAAUUUCUAUACUGAAAGAGUGGUCAGGAUGGCACAGGCUGCCCAGGGGAGUGGUAGAGUCACCAUCCCUGGAGGGAGUCAAGACGUGUAGAUGUGGCACUUCAGGGCAUGCUCUGCUGGCCCAGGUUGGAUUUUUGUGGGUGUUUUUUGGUGGACUGUGUGUGGUUGGCUUUGGUGUUUUGUGCUGAUGAUUGGGCUCUGAUCUCAGAGGUCCUUUCCAACCGUGACAAUUCUGUGAUUUUUCUAAGUGUCCUGACAUACCAGUUAAAAAAAAACAACAAACAUUCAAAUAAAACCCAAACCCACACACACACAACAGCAAACCCCUCUAUUUUUUGGAAGAGUGGUCAGAAACUUAUUAUAAACGUUUGAUUUUUUUACUAUUUGGAUUUAACAGUUCAAGAAUUCUCUAGUUAAUUCUAACUCUUAUUAAAAAUGUUUAAAUCUGUAUUUUAUGUGGUCACAAACAGGCCCUUCAAAAAGUCUGACUGUUGGUACCCGAUAUAGAAAAUGAACUAUAUGGAACAAGCCAAUAAAAGCUUAUCUCCUUAUUUUAAGUUUUGGUGUAGGCAGUGAGAGAAAACAUAAGGUAGUUUUCUUAAAAUAUAUUGUGGGACUGAUUUCUUUUUUUGUAGUUUCAAGUCUGUCUGUGAUUUUGUUUGGAGAUUUGUGGAACUCUUCCAGCAAAUAUACCAUUGCUUAUACCUCUUCAAAUCUGAUUUUGUUAAGGAUAUGUGUAGUGUAUGAAUAUGUCUUUGCUUUUCUAAAGCUGUCUUGUGUCUUUCACGUAUGAAAUACAGAUGCUUUCAUUGAAAUCUUGACAUGGCAAGUGUUCCAAACUACAGGUAUUGAGUGCUAACCCAUUUCUUCACAAGCUGUUGCUUCAGAUGUGUGUUAAUCCAGCAGCUCUUGUAGAAUGAGUGUUGUGUGUCAAUUGCUGCUUUAGUAUCAAAAGCAUAAGACUGAACAUGUGUUUCUCUACUGCUUAUCAGGUGAACAUUUGCUUCAGGAAAGAAACAAAGCAGCCCAAACUGCUGGAAUGUGAAAUGAAUUCAUUUUGCCUUGUUCACAUAUCUGUGGUAACUUUGUCCUUGAGUUGUUUGUGUGUAAAGUCAGAAUAGGGGGGGGAUUCAUUUUCGAAAUUCUAUAAAAUACACAAAGACAUCAGGAUAUUUCACUUCUACUUACUGAUUUGUCUGAAUCUGCAAAAAUUGUCUGGAAUCUAGCAUACUACUACUGCAUUCCUACAGUCUGCUCCCUUGGGAGAGCAACACAUGCUGCCAAAUUUGCUGUGAUGAAGAACACUUCAGUAUUGUGCCUGUCAGUUUGGAGAAAUUAUAAACCUAUGCAAUAUAUUUUGUUACUUAAAAUAGUGUCCAAAAAGUGAAUGUCUGUCCUAUACCAAUAAAAUGGUAACACCUACAGACCUAUUUACAUAGCUACAGUAUGGAGUAUCCUGCAAGUGUUACAGCUUUAUAGAUUGACUUCUAAGUUUCAGAAGAUUUUGCUGUCCUAAUUGGAGAAACUACUGCCUCAAACUGAUCUUGCUGGAUAAAUAGGAUAGAUCAAUGAAAAAAACUUAAGAUGAGCCAGAAUAACACAUAGGAAUUUAUCUAUUCAGUUCUUUCAACACCAGCAGAUGUUUACAGGUGCCUUGAGUCUAAGCUCUUACAACCCUGACUCUUUAAACUUAAUAUAUUUUCUUAAAGUGAUCUGCAAAUGUACAGUGUUGUUCCUUUCAGCUGCAAGCCUUCCUGCAGCAGCAUCACACCUGAACAGAACUCCCCUCUCUCAGCAGGCUUUGCAAGUCCCUUUAUGCAGAAAGACUAGCAAUUAUGUUUUGAUAAGUAGGUGCAUCUACCUGGCAUAAUGAGGAACAGCUCUAAUGUAUCAGUUGGAGGAAGCCUGGGUCUUUUGUUACUGUGAAUUUAUCCAACCAUAACUUAAGUCUUCAAGCUGGAGCAGCCCAUAUGUCUUUGCAAAGAAGAGAAUGCUGGGGAUGGUGUCUAGGGGAAAACUUGAACCUAAAACUGUACCUUCAGUAUGAGGCUCAGCUUGUGUGUUGAUGCUGCUAAGAGAUCUGAUGCAUCUCCCAUGUGCAAUUAGGAGACCUUGGUGUAGCAGGCCUAGGGGAGCAGAAGGUCUAAAGCAUGACAUCCAAAAAGCAGUAACUGCUUCAUGCUUCACUUAACUUGCCUCUCUGGACAUCCAUCAUUACUUCAUCAGUCACUGGAUCAGAGGAAAGCUCUCAGCUGGCCGGCUCAAAUUUUGUCCUCUCUGUUCUUGAAGUGAUAGCAACAAGUCUGGACUCAAAGAAUAUUUGUCAGCCAAUGUAGCCUCCUAUGAUGGCUGGCUACUAGAAGUUUCUUUCAGCAGGGACAGUGUGUUUGAUUCUUAUCAAGAUUUCAGGACUUGGAGAAGACACCUUGGAAUCCAGUUUGACAGUAUGUGGGAAAAUAAGUCUUAAAAUUGGAAGUGUGGAUAAUAAAUAGCAAGUAUUUGGCAGCAACAGAAGCUCCUGGUACUAGUCAGGGUAUAUUAAAUACAUGGUCACACCUGAAUCUUUCAAAAGUAAAAUUACAGUCUGUAAAUUAGCUAACCAAAAGAUGGUUUGCAAAUUACCUUCCUGUUUAAAGAAAAUGUUAAGUUUAUCAAUGCAUCAGUUACUGUAACACUGAAGACUGUCUACUGUUUCUUUUUAAAUUCAAACAGCUGACAUUUUCAUGUUUGUUUCUGACUAAUGUAAAUUGACACUUGGGAGUUCAGAGAUAAGGUUAUUUGAAUAAAGAUGCAUAUUUUUAGUAAGCA